AUGGAUCUUUUCAAACCCAAAUCUAGAGUAGGAGCAGGGAGCAGUACGAAGGCUGGCGGCACGGAGGGACCGGCGGAGGAAGGAACCGAUGGGAGUGCCUGGAUCGUUACUGAUGGUGGCGCCGACAUGGGUGGGAGGGACGAAGCGCUGUUCACGGCGUCCGAGGCGACACCUCUGCCUCAAAGGGGCAAGCGGAAGGGUGAAGAGUUAACUCCCCCGGAGGUAAGGCGACCCUCUGACAAAGAGCUUUUCAAGCCCGUCAGAGGCGGUGCUAAGACAGGGGUAGGACACCGUGGGCUAGGUCACCCUGCGGACGUGGCGUCCAGUACAGACGACGAGGCUCCGGACGCCAAGGGAUCAGGAGAGGAGGCAGAAGUGCGGGAGUCGCACGGACUUUGUCCUAAGGGGAAAAAGCGGCGCAAAGCCACAUCCCAUGGCAGCGCGCUUCUGAGAGAGGACUCGGGGGCGAUCGAUGCGGGGUCUGAGGGCAGCUGGCAAGGGCCGGUCACUAGGGGAAGGGGGGCCUUGAGCCCCUUGACGUUAGCACCGGCGCCGCGACCUACAGGGCCAAUUACGCAGAGGACGGCCACGCUUAGCGGGGAGGAGUCCCCAGAUGGGAUCGGCCUCGCUGAGCACCGAAUGAAAACGGCAGCAGACCUGGGUGCGCAGAUCAGGGACUGGUUGGAUGAGAUUGAGGGCAUAAGGAUGCGCUGCAAAUCUCUUCAAGGGCGGCUGAGCGGCGGCAUCAAAAAGAGAGUCGCUUGGGCGAAAGAUGCCCUGCUGACGCUCACAGCCAAGGCGGAGGCAUCUGGGGACCCGGAUGAUAUGCGAGCGCGCAUGAUGGAGCAGGCUGCGCAGCUACAAGUGGCGCACAGGGAAAGGGACGAGGCCAGGCGGGAGCUGGCGGAGGUUAGAAGGGAGCUCGAAAGGGCUAGAGGGCAGGCCGUGGAUCGGAACGUGACGACCUUUGCGAGUGUCACUAGAGGAACGGUAGCUGAGAGAGCAGUCGUGCAUACGGGGCCGGAAUCCCGAGGGCGUGCCUUCCCUCCCCUCAACCUGAGGGUGACAACGGAGGGAUCCGGGCUGGAAACCGAGCCCCCGACGCCGGCCACCGGCGGCACGUCGGCAUCGGAACCCCGCCUAACCGCGGCGGAGCUCGAGCUCCUGCCAGUGAGCGCAAGGGCCAGGGAGGAGGCCAUCGAAAGACAGCUCUCCGCGAUCCGGGAGGUAUGGGUAGGACUCGAGAAGGUGUCCGCGCGGCUACAGCGCCUGGAAGGCGGGAGUAUGGGGAAGAACCCCCAACAGCUUCGGGCCGAACCCGAACCCCUUGCGGAGGGGGGUGAGGCUAGGGCGGUGCUCGGGGCGGACCGAGCACCAGCCUCCAACGGAGGGCGUUAUGCACGGGAGUACAGUAGUACCCAGGACGCGGCGACCCCCAGCGUCAGUGGAACGGCAGCCCACGCAGCCGGAGAUCCUGAGAAGGAGCGCCGCAGGAGCAAGAAGGAGACCAGCAGAACGGCCACUGGAGGAGAGAGAGCCACGGCUGACGUCGGGAACCCCAAACAGGGUGCAAGUGGGAAAACCGGGGUGCCACCGAGGAACGGUGACGCCAGUACAGGGGGACCUAAGGCGCCCAGAACGGCGGCAGUCGCCAUAACCGGGUUGACAGGGGAAAUCCCGUACGGGGACAUCCUGAGGAAGGCCCGGCAAAGGCUAGAGCGCGACCAAGUGGACAUCCCGUACACAAAAGUUCGGAGAGCUGCGAACGGAGGGGUCCUGCUGGAGAUUUCCGGUCCGGCCAAGGCUCAAAGGGCCGACGAACUAGCAGCACAGCUGGAUAAGGCGGUCCGAGAGGAAUUUGGCGACAAGGUACGUGUCACCAGGCCCACCCGUAAGGCCGAAUUGCGGGUCAAAGACCUGGACGACUCGGCCACAGUGGAAGAGGUCCAACAGGCCGUAGCCAGCGAAGAGGGGUGUAGACCACAAGAGGUCAAGGUUGGGCCACUCCGCCAGAUGGCGAACGGCCUUCUUAGUGCGUGGGUACAGUGCCCAGUUGAGGCGGCCACUCCGGUGACCCGCGGAGGAAGGAUUCGCGUUGGAUGGGCAAGAGCAAGGGUAGAACUGCUUGAGGUCCACCCAACGCAGUGCUUCCGGUGCUGGGGCUUCAGCCACAUCGGGGCAUCGUGCCGGGCAGCGGCGCCACGCAGCAGGGCAUGUUUUAGGUGCGGUAUCGAGGGCCACCAGGCUCGAGCCUGUACGGCGCCCCCGAGGUGCGUGAUCUGCGCCGAGGGAGGCAGGGACAGCGCACACAGGAUAGCGUCCGGGCGAUGCCCGGCAGCGAGGGAACGGGAUCGGACGCCCGCGGCAGCGCAGUUCGCGGCGGAGGCGGGAGUGGACAUCUGCCUCAUCUCAGAGCCACCUCUGGCCCCGGAUACACCGCGCUGGAUUAGCAGCGCCGACAGACGGGCGGCGAUAAGCUGGGGGGCAGGAGAGUGCAGACAGGGGUGCCGGCCCAGCAGAAGAGGGCGAGUAUUCGUGUCGGUCACAUAUGGGGAGAUGACAGUGAUCUCGGUGUAUAUCUCCCCCAAUGUAUCAAGAGAGAAGUUUACAGCCUCCCUCGACGAACUAGGGCAGGCCGUGCGCUCGGCGAGUAGUGAUCGAGGGGUGCUGGUGGGCGGGGAUUUCAAUGCCCGCUCAGCAGCAUGGGACCCCACGGGCAGGAACAACAGGAGAGAGCAGCUCGAGAUCUGGGCGGCAUCCCUGGGGCUGUGCCUCCUGAACGACGGGGCCACGCCGACGUGCGUCAGACCCCAGGGCUGCUCGGUGGUGGACACCACUUGGGCCUCGCCUGGGCUGGCAGCUCGCGUUACAGGAUGGCGGGUGCUAACAAACGUGGAGAAUCUUUCCUGUUUAGUUUCUAGAGACGGUCCCGGUAUAGUCUGCGAGGUGACGGACCAGGCCCAGGCAUAUGCACCCCCCGCUGAAGGGGUAGUGGGACGGCGCUGGAACUAUAACCAGUUCGAGCCAAGUAAGUUCAGCGAAGCCCUGGAACUGCACCUGGCAUGGGGACCAACGGGCGCCGAAAAGAACACGGCGGAAGGACUGGCCAAGUGGAUCGGUCAGGCAGUGAGGGACGCCUGCGAUGCAGCAGCACCCAGAGUCCGACCUCGCCCCCGGAGGCGAGCGGUCCACUGGUGGUCCGAAGAAAUCGCAGAGCUUCGUAAGGCCUGCGUUCGGGCGAGGCGACUUCGGUCAAGGACCAACCCCGCCCGUAGGGCGGACUCACCAAGGGAUGACGAAUACAAGGCCGCGAAAAAGAGACUGAAGGAUGGAAUCAAGGCGGCGAAGGCCCGCGCCUGGCAGGACCUUGUCAAGACGGUUGAGGAGGACCCUUGGGGAAGGCCCUACAAGGUCGUCCUCAACAAGCUACGUGGACCGUCCGGCAGCCUCACCGAGACACUGAACCCGGAUACAACCGAGCGGCUACUGACCUCCCUCUUCCCACAAGGCCCACAAAGGCCCCCGCGGGACCGCGGGCUCAUAGCGGAAUGCUACACCCGCUGCCUUUGCGAGGGCAAGUUCCCACGAGAGUGGAAGACGGCGCGCUUAGUGCUGAUCCCUAAGGGAGGAGAAGUAGCGGGAGCUGCGCUUCCGAAGGUCAGGCCCAUUUGUCUGCUGAAUGAGCUCGGCAAGGGCCUGGAAAGGGUCCUGGCGGGCCGUCUGAAGGAUUGGGUGCGUACCAACCACGAGGCUGGACUGGCGGAUGGCCAAUUUGGCUUCCGGGAAGGACGGGCGACAAGCGAUGCCCUGCUGCGGGUGCGGGACUUUGCGAAAAACGCGUUGGCGAGGGGCGAUACGGCAAUUGCCGUUUCGCUGGACAUCGCCAACGCAUUCAACAGCGUGCCGUGGGAGACGAUUAGGGCAGCCCUGCGCAGAAAGGGUAUCCCGGGGUAUUUACGCAGGAUCGUAGGGUCCUACCUCAGCUCACGCGAGGUGGUGUACCCCGCACCGGGAGGAGCGACGGGACGAUGGCAGGUGUCCGCUGGGGUUCCCCAGGGGUCGGUGCUGGGCCCACUCCUGUGGAACCUCAGCUUUGACGGGGUGUUACGGGUCCACAGAGAGCAGGGGUGUGACAUAAUCUGCUAUGCGGAUGACACCCUUGUCCUCAGUUCAGCGGCGAAAAUAGCUGACGCGAUUGUCCUUGCGAACGUGCAGGUCACCACGGUGGUGCGGCACAUACGGCGAAUGGGGCUGACGGUCUCGGCUGCAAAAACCCAGGCGAUGGCAUUUGGUGGGGGCCGCAGACGACCCAGCGGGGGGGCACCGUGCCUGAGGGUAGAGGGUGAGCUGGUAGAACUGGGAAGGUCAAUCAGAUAUCUAGGGGUCACACUAGACGGAAAGUUGACUUUUCAGGACCACUUCGACGAAGUGGAAACCAAGGUGGCGAGGCUGACGAGAGCCCUGUUUAGGCUGAUGCCCAACCUGGGGGGCCCCACGGAACCCAGAAGGCGUUUAUACGCCAGUGUAUUGCACUCAGUAGUGCUGUACGGUGCGCCGGUCUGGGGCGACGAGGCCAUCUCUAGGCGUGCGGAGCGGACGCUGCAGCGCAUCCAGCGCGCUAUCAAUAUAAGGGUAGCAGCGGCGUACCGUACGGUGUCGCUAGUGGCUGGGUCCCUACUCGUAAGGGCCCCACCACUGGCCCUGGUGGCACGGGCACGGGCUCGAACUUUUACCCGCUUGAGGGAGCGACAGAAUGCGGGGGAAGUCGUCGACGAAGGGGUAAGGCUGACCAUGCUAGCGGAGGAAAGACGAGCGGUGCACGCGCAAUGGAGGGAGGACCUAAAUAGGCCGGGACUGCCGAGCGGCCCACUAAGGGAAGCAAUCCAGGGGGCCUGGGAGGGGUGGAUUGCCAGGAAACACGGGGCCAUGACGUUCCGGCUCUCGCAAAUCCUGACGGGCCACGGAUGUUUCGAGGGGUUCCUACAUAGGAUUGGUAGGGCAACGGACCCCUCGUGCAAGCACUGCGGGGGGGAAAUUGACUCGGUAGAACACGCAAUAGCGGAGUGUCCAGCAUGGAAAGCUGAGCGGGAAGAGCUACAGAGCGCGAUCGGGCUGGGGUUAGGUUUGGGAGACCUGGUCCAUGCGAUGGCCCGGGACAAACAGGGGUGGGCGGCUGUGGCUAAGUUUGCGGAAAGGGUCAUGACGGCCAAAGAGGUGGCGGAGCGCGAGCGCCAACAGCAAGGGGCGCAAGCAGCAGAACAGCUGUCAAGCGAUACUGCCUCCGGAGGCUGA